UCACACAGGAAACACAUUUUCCGAUCUGUAUAGUUUUCAUCGCCGUAUUCAAAACACCGCAGAUUUUUGGCUGCACUGCAAGAAUUACAGGGUGAUGAAGACCAAAAAGGAGGCAGAGGAGAUGCCCGGAGUCACUGUGAAUCGUUUUUCUGAAGACGCUCCGUCCACCGGGAGGUCCAAGAAUGGAUAUGUUUUCCAAGAGAUGGAGCUGAAGGACGGGGAACAGGAGAACUGUGAACAGGACUCACCCACCAAGGAUCACAUCUAUGACAACCAGAUCCAGAUCAGUGUUUCAGAUCCUGAAUCUCCAGGGUUUGGGCUUCUGAACACAACAAGAAAAUAUGUGAAGCCGAUGAACUUCCAGGAGGAAGUACGUGCCCACAGAGACCUGGACGGCUUCCUGGCCCAGGCGAGCAUCCUUUUGGAUGAGAAAGCUGCCACACUGGACGAGGUCCUGAAGCGAAUGCUAAUUCAUGUAGUGGAUGAAGGCCACGAGAGCUGCGAUCCUGACAAGGUCAUGAACUCGAUGUUCACAGACGCAGGAGGGAAGGAGUUUAAUGUUCACCUUCUGUCAGAGACCAUUCAGGGUGUGACGGCCACUUCCACUGGCAUUCGUUACCAGCAGUCCUGGCUCUGUAUUCUCUCCAGUGUGAAGAGCCUGCAGAGACGUCAUGUCUGCAUCGCCCGUCUGGAGAGGCCACAGAACUGGGGAGUCAACUGCUGCGAGGCCCGCUAUGUCAUCCUCAUCCUGGCCCCCCCUCGAACGAAAAGCACCAAGACAGCCAUCGAGCUUGGCAGAACAUUUGCCACGAUGUUCUCUGACAUUUCCUUCAGACAGAAGCUUCUGGAGGCCAAAACUCAGGAGGAGUUUAAACAGGAGCUGGUGUACCAGCGACAGCAGCUCUCUGUAAUCACUGAGAAGCCAGUCUUAGAGGAAGUGGAGGAGUCAGAUCCACGUAAAGGGAAACCACUCAAGUGCAAAGAUUUCUUUAAAGUUGGUAAAGGCAUUUAUGAUGAUCUGCGUCGCAGACUCCCCCUCUACCCCUCAGACUUCACAGAUGGUAUAACUGGAAAGGACCGCUGUCUACUGAAGUACACUACCACUGCCAUUUUCCUCUACAUCGCCAUUCUGCUGCCUGCCAUCGCCUUUGGCUCACUGAAUGAUGAAAGCACGAGAGGAGAGAUAGAUGUUCAGAAGACCAUUGUCGGUCAAAGCAUUGGAGGAGUGAUCUAUUCUUUGUUUGCCGGCUCACCACUCGUCAUUCCACUGACCACUGCACCUCUGGCUAUCUUCAUAAGUGUGAUCAGGGGAAUCUGCGACGACUACGACCUUGACUUUGACGCUUUCUAUGCCUGCAUUGGUUUAUGGAACAGUCUGUUCCUCAUCCUCGGAGGCUUAUUCAAUGUCAGCCUGUUUAUGAAGCUCUUCAAACGCUCGACAGAAGAAGUUAUUGCGCUGUUCAUCUCCAUAGCGUUUGUCGGGGAUGCAGUGAAAGGCACCAUCAAAAUUUUUCACCACUUCUACCACGGGCCCAUACUGGCGACCACAAACAGCACGGUGGUGCUUCAGCAGAUUAAAGAGAUUCUAGAGAAGGCGAACAACCAGACGGGAAACAUGCUCGAGUAUCAUAACGAGACCGCGCCGCUGAUGGGACACGCAGAGGAACACAUGUCAGUCUUCCUGCCCGAGUCUCUGGUGGUGACCACAAGGGAAAGACCCAUCCUCUGUCUGCUGCUCAUGCUGGGGACUCUGUGGCUGGGCUACGCCCUCUACCUCAUCAAGAGGAGCCCGUAUCUGAAUGACAAAAUCAGAGAGGUGGUGUCUGACUGCGCUCUGCCGAUCUCUGUGGUGAUAUUCUCCUUCAUUGGCUCCUACCUCUUCCUUGACAUACAGCUUCCUGUGUUCAGUGUCCACGAUGGCCCUGUCUUCAACUUCCCUCCAUUUGAUAAGCUGUCAGGACUGAACACGCUGAGCGCAGUCGGACUGGGUUUCCUCCUCGCUUUGCUCAUCUUUAUCGACCAGAACAUCGUCAUCUCACUCACGCACGUACCAGAACACAAGUUGCUAAAAGGCACAGCGUUCCACUGGGACUUAAUGCUGACUGGCUUCAUCAACAUCCUCAUGUCCUGUCUGGGGUUGCCAUGGAUGCACGCUGCCUUCCCACAUUCCUCCCUGCACGCCCGUCAGCUGGCCAAAGUGGAACAGCACGUAGAGAACGGACACCUCUACACGACAAUUGUCAGUGUGAAGGAGACACGUCUGACCUCGCUGGCAGCUAACAUCCUGAUCGGCCUGUCUGCGUUCAUGCUGCCCAUUCCCCUGCAGUGGAUCCCCAAGCCCGUCCUCUACGGCCUCUUCCUCUACAUCGCAGCCACUUCGCUUGAUGGGAACCAGAUGGUGGACCGCAUGGCCCUGCUGCUGAAGGAACAGACCUCUUAUCCUCCCACUCACUACAUUCGCCGCGUGCCUCAGAGGAAGGUCCACUACUUCACAGGGGUUCAGAUGAUCCAGCUGAUCAUCCUGUGUGCAUUUGGGAUGUAUCCGCUGCCCUACAUGAAGAUGGUCUUCCCUCUUCUGAUGAUCCUGCUGGUGCCUAUCAGGACCAGCCUGCUUCCCAGAAUAAUUGAUGCCAAGUACCUGGACAUCAUGGACGCCCAGCACAUGUAGAGCAAAAGAGCACACGUGAUGAAAGGAUUGUCUUUCUCCAGCUGGAAGGAAACAGACUGAGAACUUGAUGAUUGUGUUAAUAACUCAACAAAAUGCAUUUGGACUGCAGGAUUUGGAUGCGUCCGGUGACCAGACGAAUUUUGCCCCUCACUCUCACUGUUUAUCACACAUCUACCAUCAGUAUAGCUGAUAAUUUAACAUCUAACAUUCCUGCAUCUUCAUUCUGUUUCACUUCUUUUUUCACACACAUCUGCCCUGAACUGAGUAAAUGUCAGACAUUUUUGUGAUAUUUAAUUUCGCUUAAUUUAGGCAUCUUGUCGUUUGAUAGAGAGCUGCUUGGUCUGCUUGUGUUAAAAGUGUGGAUGAGGGGAUUUCAGGGUUUUUCUCAAUCAUUUAACAAGUUGAGAGCAGAUCUGUCACUGAUGAAAAUAUGCAGAGUGAAGUUGUCACCUCACAUUAAUCAGUCAUACUGAAGUCAGGUGUCACAAGAAAGGUGUUCUAGUUGUUUAGAUGUUAAAAAAAAAUGCUAUUUUUAUUCUGCAGAGAAGCAUAAUGUGAUAAAGUAUGUUAGGAUAAAGCUAAUUUGUACUGUGCAUUGUAAAGUUUGGAUUAAAUCAAACUGUUGUUACACAAUUAAAGACCUUUAAAGGAACUGAAUGGACAUUUUUUAUUAUAGUGGCCCUCCUUGAUAUUAAAGGCACUUAACAUGUGCCACCUGUCACUGAUACAGUGGGUAAGAGGAGAGCAGCUUCUCAAUCACACACAGCAUCAGCACAUCCUCACUGAGCUGAGGGGGGCUGUAUGACUGUUAAAUCCCUCCAAUAGAUGGCAGUAGAAGCUCAUCUUCAGGUUGGUUUGAGUUCAGACUUGAGUGAUGAUAGACGUGUGCUCACUAGUUCUUACAGAAAAAGAUGAGGCAGACACAUAUCAUCCGGUAUAAUAAACUGAGAAGAUGAUGUGGAUAGAUAUCUCAAAACUGACCGCUUUUGGAUGUUCUGUUGCAAGGGCGUUGGACUUGUUUUAAUAUUGGGAGACACACAUAUGAAAUUUUGAGCUUGAAACAUUUAAAUUUCCUGUAUUUUGGUGAUUUCCAUGCACCAAUUUUUGCCUUGUCUGCAUCCGUGUUAUGGUGUAAGUGUAUUUAAUUUUGUCCAAAUAAAAGUUAUCUGCUAUGGUCA